AUGCGAACACCCCUAUCAACAGAUUUCGUGAUCACCUCACGCGGAGGCGUAAUCGAAAACCGCCACGCCGUCCACGCCGCCAUAGUCGACAGCACAGGCACCCUCCUCCACAGCGUCGGCGACCCAAGCCGGCUAACCCUCGCCCGCUCAGCCGCCAAGCCCGCACAAGCCGUAUCAAUCCUAGAAACAGGCGCACUAGAGAAAUACAACCUCACCGAAGCCGACCUAGCCCUCAUGUGCGCCUCACACAGCAGCGAAGACCACCACAUCGCGCGAGCCCGCGCGAUCCUCGCGCAAAUCUCCGCAUCGGAAAACGAUCUCCAGUGCGGCGGCCACGUUCCUGUCUCGGACGCCGUGCACAGGAACUGGAUUAAAGCGGACUUUACCCCGACGCCAGUCUGUAGUAAUUGCUCUGGCAAACAUGCUGGGAUGAUCGCUGCGGCGAAGGCGUUGGGGGCUGAUGUGGCGAGUUAUCAUUUACCCGGGCACCCGCUUCAGAAACGUAUUUUCAAGACUGUGGAUGAAAUUUGUGGGUUGGGGGCUGGUGAGUCGAAAUGGGGGCUGGAUGGGUGUAAUCUUCCCGCGCCGGCGUUUCCGUUGAAUUAUCUUGCGCGCAUGUAUGCUGCCUUUGCCGAUGCGAGUCGAGUCCCGGCUGGGGAUUAUGAUGGUAGUGAAAGUACGAGGUUGAGAUCUAUGAGCCGGGUAUUUCAUGCUAUGGCGCGGUAUCCCGAGAAUGUGGGAGGUGAGGAUCGGUUCUGCACUAUCCUCAUGGGGGCGUUUGGGGGGGAGCUGAUCGGAAAGCUUGGUGCUGAUGGGUGCUAUGGGAUUGGCGUGAGGGAGUCGUCGCGGACCAGGGAAAUCGGGGCUACAGGUGGUAUUGGGAUUGCGGUUAAGAUUGAGGAUGGCAGUAUUCCGAUUUUGUAUUCUGCCGUUGCGGAGAUUCUGGAGCAAUUGCGCAUCGGUGAGCCGCAUAUGCGCAGGGCUUUGGAUAAGUUUCAUUCAUUUGAGGUUAAGAAUACGGUGGGCGUUGUGACGGGAACGACGGCUCCUCAGUUCAAAAUUCGUUCGGAGUGA